AUGUCGAAUCCAGAUUCCGACCUUGACUCGUCCAAGGACGGAGACGAUAUUCAUCUCACUGGCACCAACUCUCGAUGGAAAUCGAGUGCAAAUGAGAAUUGGGCUAGUGCUAAUGAUUUAUCCAUCGACUCCGAGCGCACGGGAGGUGCCACGGCCCCCACCAGGCAGAGGACGCUACGCUACAGUACCUCACCUUCUCCUCUUAAGCGAACGGGCUCAGCGUUCAAGGCGGUGUCACAUCAUCUUCGACGAGCGUCUCUCCGCGUCGUUAAUCUUACUGGUUAUGCUUCUAUUCGCAUACCGGAUGAGGACCUCAACGAUGGCGACUAUUUUCCCGCGCAGGAGGUCAAGGAACCCUUUGAAGAACAAUGGAACGAAGACCAAGUCUUCGUCACCAGAAAGCUGACUCCCUUACGAGGGCGCACUCUCGGUUUCUUAGAGUCCUCAAGCACAUUCCGUCUUCGCCUUUAUCACACCCUUUCCCACCCAUGGACAGAACCUCUAAUACUUUGUUUUAUAAUUCUUAAUGCCUGUGUAUUGAUAUCUCAAGCGUCUCGCACGGUCCUUCUUCCCUCGGACCAGGCCAUGCCGACCCCACAAAAGGGUUUCUUUCAUGUUUGGGAGGAUUAUGUUCUUUUCGGGUUGUUUAUCCUAUUCACGCUUGAAGCAGUUGCACGAAUAUGUGUUUCUGGAUUUCUACUAGAUCCUGAAGUUCCAAUGUCAGCUUUGUUUCGGGUCGAUGCAGAAGAGACUUCACGCACGCACCUCCGAAGUCCUUCGCAACCAACGUUUUUCUCCCGUGCCCUCCGGUCAGACCAAACGCCUACGGACGCAAUCUCGCUGCCAUUCCGACUGAACAUCGAGAACGCACGCGACAAGGUUCAUCGCAACAUGCCCUACUUACGCCAAAGCUGGGGAAGAAUCGACUUCAUUGCCAUCCUCAGUUUCUGGAUAAGCUUUGCACUCUCGAUGGCAGGCGUGGAGCGCGGGUCUCAUCAUAUUGCCGCAUUCAGAGCGAUGAGUGUGCUCCGAAUAGCAAGGCUUCUGGCUAUCACGUCUGGUACUACUACAAUCAUGCACUCACUGAAGAUUGCUCGGCCGCUGCUUACUAACGUGGCAUACUUUGUUGUCUUCGCUGCGGUAGUAUUCUCGAUAAUCGGAAUCCAAUCUUUCAAGGGUUCUUUUCGUCGGAAUUGCUAUCUUCAACCUACAUUGGGUGAAACCCAAACCCAAAUACCCACCCAAUUUUGCGGUGGCCACAUCGAUCCGAAUACCUUGGACGUAUUCCCUUACCUACAGCUAGAUGGUACGCCAAGUUCUGCGGCCAAGGGUUAUAUCUGCCCUUUGGGGCAGGUUUGUCAGGAGGGAACAAAUCCAUAUAGUGGCGUCCAGAGCUUCGACAAUAUUUACUACGCCGCACUUCAAGUUGUGAUCGUAACCUCAGCCAACGGCUGGUCCCCCAUCAUGUAUUCGAUCAUCGACGCCGAGUUCUUUGUCUCCUGCUUCUUUUUCAUCAUCUGCAUCCUUGUACUAAACAUUUGGCUUAUCAAUUUAUUUGUCGCUGUUAUCACGAACACGUUCUCCGCUAUACGUUCUGAUACGCAGAAGAGUGCCUUUGGUGCCGCACCGCUAGGACCUGGCGUCGAAGAGCGAGAAGAGGGUUGGGUGGACGGGAAACAUGUUUCUCAGAACAACCCGCUCAAGGCGUUCUACACCCACACGCGCUGGUGCUGGGUGUUCUUGGCUCUCGCGUCACUCGUCGUACAAGCCACCGCCAGUUCUGACAUGAGUGUUAUGCAUCGACUGAUCCUUGACAAAUCAGAGCUCGCGCUUACAGUGGCCUUUGAUAUCGAGAUCAUCAUCCGCAUCGCAGCAGAGCUCCCGGCGUGGCGAAGGUUUUUCCAGCAUGGGAACAAUUGGCUGGAUCUUGUGCUGGCUGUGGGGUCCAGCGUUAUUCAGAUUCCGGCCAUCCACAACUCGGAGCUGUACCCCUGGUUGACGAUAUUCCAGUUAGGGAGGUUCUACAGGGUGAUUCUAGAGUUCCCGAGAAUGAGGCCGCUCAUGCUUACGGUCUUCGGGAAUCUGUACGGUCUAGCUAACAUGACGCUUUUCUUGCUGCUUGUCAACCUCCUUGCUGCGUUGGUCUGCGUGGAGCUCAUUCGCGGUGAUAUGCCCGACGGGACUACGAUAAAUUUCGGACAGUUAUGGAAUUCGUUCCUUGCUGUGUACCAGAUAUUCUCUUCUGAGAAUUGGACUGUCGUUUUGUACGGGGCAACAGACGCUGAGAUUCCCAUGGGGCAGGCUGCGAUUGUGGCUGUGUUCCUAUCCUCGUGGUUUGUAUUUGCAAAUUUUAUCGUGAUGCAGAUGUUUAUCGCUGUCAUAAACGAGAACUUCAGCGUUGCAGAAGAAACGAAGAAGAGUAAACAAGCGUCAGACUACUGGGCCCAACAUCACCCGCAACGGGUCAUGCAUAACAGUUGGACUCGCAAGCUGAAUCCGUAUCGAUGGAUGAAGGCGGAUCCUGUUCGCGUCAAGGUCGAGAACCUCCCGUCGAACCUGGUCUUACCGAUGCAGAAAACGCUUGUGCAAGAUUAUGGGGUCAUUGGGCAGGACAACCGAAACGGAACUGGUGCGAGACAUCUCCCUUCGAAAUCGUUGACGAUGCUUCAACACCUGUUUUCUGGGAAUACGAAUUCGAAUGAUGUGCCGUUGGUGGCCCUACGACAGGGACGGCGUGAGUCGACAGCCGUAGAAGACGAAGAGACGGAGCGUUAUCUCGACAUUAUUGCCAAGGCGACCAAUGGUGCCGACACGACUGAGGACGACCACGAUGAGCACUCCGAGCGGAAGGCGCAGAAGGCGGACUUCAUCAUAGACCACCCGACGUAUGAUAAGACCUUUUGGCUCUUCUCGCAGGAAAACCGUCUCCGGACUAUGUGCCAGAAGAUUGUUAAACCUGCUGGUGGAGAGCGCCUCUUCGGAGCCCCAUCAUCCGACGUCGCGCAUACGUUGUUCCAGCUCCUGAUUUUCUUGACUGUACUUGGCGGUAUCAUCACGGAGGGCGUAGCCACCCCUUUGUACCGGCGCGAUUACUACAUGCAGCACGGUUUGAUGCGUGGCACUUGGUUCAACUUUGCCGAGGCAGCGUUCGGCCUUCCUUUCCUAGCCGAAUUCAUUAUCAAGGUCAUCGCUGAUGGGUUCCUGUUCACUCCGAACGCCUACGUCAAGAGCAUAUGGAACAUCCUGGACUUCAUCAUACUCAUCGGUGUCCUUGUGAAUUUGUCGUUCACGCUGAUCUUCGUCAGCGGAUUGACCCGUUCUAUCCAUGCACUCAAGGCCCUUCGAGCUCUCCGCCUCGUGACAUUGAUCGACAAGAUGCGAAACACGUUCGAAUCCCUCAUUAUUUCCGGGGCGACUCGUAUCUUGGAUGCUGCUGUUUUGGCCAUCCUGUAUCUGAUUCCCUUUAGCGUUUGGGGCGUCAACAUCUUUGCAGGAUUAAUGAACGAGUGCACCGAUACCAGUGUCAACGGCAUCAACGAUUGUACCAACGAGUAUGUCAAUACAAUCCACGGCAAUUCUUUCGGAUUUUUAGUCCCUCGUGCUUGGGGCAAUCCUUCGCCUUCCACGACGUUCUCCUUCGACAACUUCCGGUCCUCGAUGCUCAUUCUUUUCGAGAUUGUAUCGUUGGAAGGGUGGAUCGACGUCAUGUCAGUUGCGAUGAGCAUUACCGGGAAGGACCAACAACCACAGUCCAAUAACUCGCAGAUCAACGCUAUUUUCUUCGUCAUCUACAAUUUGCUCGGGGGAGUUGUCAUUCUGACGCUUUUUGUCAGUAUUAUUAUCGGCAACUUCUCAUCUAAGACUGGCUCUGCAUUCCUGACCCAUCCUCAGCGAGAAUGGAUCGACCUGCAAAAACUGAUCAAACGCCAAAAGCCAUCGAAGCGUCCUAAGAGUCGACCUACUCAGCUAUUGCGAGCGUGGUGUUACGACCGCGCCAUUCACAAGCACGGCUGGUGGUCGCGAAUGAUGACAUUCUUCUUUGUCGUACAAAUCAUUGUACUCAUGUUUGUCGGUAGUUGGCUUGAUUGUGUUCCCUUUCGAUGCCUCUCAAUAUGGCUCCCCUCAGAUGACUUCUCGUUGAUCAUCACAAUGAUGUAUGUUGUUGAUAUUGGUGUGAGGUUCUACGGACUUGGGUGGAGGAGUUUCCGAGCCAACGGGUGGAAUAUGUUUGAUAUUGUGGUGGCUGGCGGCAGUUUCAUCACGACUCUGAUUGUCCGGUUUGGGUACAUGGGUUUCGUCGUUGAGCAGCUGCAGAAGCUGUUCCUCGUGAGUAUCGCGUUCAAGCUCGUCCAGAGGACCAACAACCUUAAUCAGCUCUUUAAGACUGUGAUUGCGAGCUUGCCCGUCAUCUUGAACCUCUUGGGCCUGUGGUUCAUCCUUUUUAUCUUCUUCGCCAUCAUGUACAUGGAAGUCUUCGGCCUCACAAAAUGGUAUUCUGCAGAAACUCACACUCAGAACUACCAAACCAUGGGUUCGGCGCUCGUCAUGCUCGCCUUCAUGAGCACGGGCGAGGGCUGGAAUCAAUACAUGCAUGACUUUACUCUGGCGUAUCCGCGGUGCACUAUCACAUCUAACAGACUGGUGGAAACGGAUUGCGGUAGCACUCCUUGGGCGUUCUCCCUUUUCAUCGCCUGGAACCUCCUGAGCAUGUAUAUCUUCCUGAACAUGUUUACUGGAGUCGUGGUGCAGAAUUUCUCCUAUGUUUUCCAGUCCACUGGCGGAGCGAAGGCCAUCACUCGCGAAGAAAUUCGUUCGUUCAAGAAAACGUGGGCGGAGUAUUCCAAUUCAAAGACUGGGCUGCUCGAACAAAGUCGACUGGUUCCCUUCCUGGGGAAAUUGAACGGGAUCUUCGAGGUCCGCAUAUACCCAGUGGAAUACUCCGUUCCGGCCAUUGUUUCGGCUUGCAAAGAUGACGAUACCCAGAAGCUUGGGACGCAAGAGUUGAAGUUGAAUACACGGAAAGUGAACAGGACGCUGCGCAAGAUUGACUUCGAUGUUAUAAGACAGCGAAGAGCAGUUUACUGUCGGCUAUUUCACGAAGCCAGCAUUAUCGACCGUCAUCGCAAAGGGAUCUCAUUCACUGACAUGCUUUUCCUUCUGGCUCACCAUAAGCUGAUUGUGGACUGCGACGCACUAGUGCUGAAGGACCUUAUCGUGCGGCAAGAGACAAACAAACUUGUCUCAGAUCUGGUGAACCUGGACCGUGUUCGUUCUUUGUUGAAAAUGAUAUCACUGCGACGAAGAUUUUUGGCCGAGAGGCUGAGAGGUAAGCUGCUUUGCUGCGUCAUCGGAUCAGUAGAUGAUCCAAUCGGUAUCGUAGACAUUCCUGCUAUUCACGUGGACUCUGCGCCGUCCACUCCACCCCCAUUCACUCGGGAUAUCACUUCUCCUCGUAGCGAUCAUGGCCGUUCAGACCAAACCCCUUCUAGCCCAACUCCAGCUCCCAAAACUCUUUGCCCUUCCCCAGAGCUUGGUGUCUUAGAUCAUUCCUUCCGAAGUAGUCUUCAGCGUUCCCGCAGAAUAAGCGAUGUCAGCAUGCUUUCUGCUGACAUGGGUCAUAGCUACUGGAGGGAUAGUUCGUUAGACAUCGGUGAUCAAGCAGACAUAAUGUCGUCCAUGCAGCGUUCUAUAUGGGGUGGUAUGUUAUCGGUCUUCUAG